AGUACUUCUUGGGGAUUUCUCUCGAAGCGUCGAAGCAUAUAUAUAAUAUAUACUUUCGCUUCCGGAGCAUAGUAAACGCAAGAUAUGGUCCAUGCGUAUUGACGGGACCGGAGGACCAGUUUGCCUGCCGUCGUCGAGAGUAUGAUGCCGAGCGGGCACCAGCUCUCUGGGACACCCAGCUGGGCUGAAUGCUGAGCAAGUGACGCCUAGAAGUGAUAAUAAGUGUGACACAUCAAAGAAUAUAAGAAAAAGUAGUUUAGUCAUUGGACAACCAAAACAUUGCUUCUUUGGUGAAAGUGCAAUGAACUAAACACCUUGCCAAAAUGAUGGGGGAUCAGUUUCGUACCAAAGUGGAGCCAUACUCUCCAAAAUCCUCACCCAGGGGUGCCAGAUCUCCUGUUGUCUCCCGACAGGAUUCCACAGGCACACUAAAGACCACCAUUUCCCUGGGAAAAAAUCCAUCGAUUGUCAAUUGUGGACCGUUUUAUUUGAUGAAAGAGCCACCUGCCGAGAGUGAAUUAACAGGUGCCAGGAAUCUGAUGGCCUUUUACAAUCUUGAACAUUCGUACAGUAAAUUUAGUGGAAAGAAACUUAAAGAACAGUUAUCAUCAUUUCUACCAAAUUUACCUGGAGCCAUUGAUACACCUGGUGAUCAAGAUAAUAGUUCCUUGAGAUCUGUGAUUGAGAAACCUCCAAUUGGUGGCAAAGAACUACUUCCGCUGACUAGUGUACAGUUAUCAGGUUUUAGAUUGCACCCAGGACCGCUUCCUGACCAGUAUCGAAAUGCAAAUCAAACUCCACAGAAAAAACACAAGAAUAAACACAAACGACAUAAACAUAAACCUGGAGAAAUUCCUAGUGGUCAAGAGACAACAGUAACAGAUAUCGUUGGAGCGGAUAUUCAUGAGAAAAAGCAUAAGAAACAGAAGCGACACGAUGAAGAAAAAGAAGCGAGGAAAAAGCGCAAAAAGGAGAAGAAACGAAAAAAGCAAAAGCAUAGUCCUGAACAUUCUGGGGGAUUAACGCCAUCUCAGCACUCGAACUCGUGAUCUUUGAGUGAUCAUUUCUUUUCAUCUGUUUUGUGCGACGAGUCUUCCUCAUUCUCAAAUGUGACUUUUUAAUCUUUUUUUUUUUUUUCUUUUUCUUUAGGCACCAUCAACGUAUUGAAGUGCCUUAUUUAAAAAAAUUCUAGCUCAACUUUUUAAAUUCAGUCUCGGAUUUAAAUUGAUUCAUUUUUUUCAACUAUCUCAAUGUAACAGCUACCAUAUUCGAUACUUUUUGUCAUCAUACAAGAAAGCCAUUGGUACUGUUCAUUCAAUCUUUUAUGAAAAUUUAUUUUUGUUUCAAAUCAUUGUACAUAGAUUCAUUUACUACUUUUUUUAAGGAGCUUACUUAAAUAUGAAUUGUGUACCCGGUUUGUGAAUAUAUUAAAAUUUGCAAAUUUUUAGUUUCAAAGAAAAGCAUAAUUCUAUUUGUAAAUAUAACUAAUUUUAGAUUAAGAUCUAAAAUUAAGUCGAUAUA